AUGGCCCCGCCGCGCCCGCCGCGCCUGGUGCCCGCGCUGCGCGCCCUGCUCUACUGGUCCCUGGUGUACGGCUACUGCGGGCUGUGCGCCUCCAUCCACCUGCUCAAACUUUUGUGGAGCAUCGGCAGGGCACCCGCGCAGACCUUCCGCCGGGCCGCCCGGGCCAACCCUCCGGCGUGCCUGAACGACCCCUCCCUGGGGACCCACUGCUACGUGCGGAUCAAGGAUUCCGGGUUAAGAUUCCACUAUGUUGCUGCUGGAGAAAGGGGCAGACCACUCAUGCUGCUGCUUCACGGAUUUCCAGAAUUCUGGUAUUCUUGGCGUCAUCAGUUGAGAGAAUUUAAAAGUGAAUACAGAGUUGUUGCAGUGGAUUUGAGAGGCUAUGGAGAGUCAGAUGCACCGACUCAUCAAGAGAGUUAUAAACUGGACUGUCUAAUUGCAGACAUAAAGGAUAUUUUAGACUCCUUAGGGUAUAGCAAAUGUGUCCUGAUUGGCCAUGACUGGGGAGGCAUGAUUGCCUGGCUGAUUGCCAUCUGCUACCCUGAGACGAUAAUGAAGCUCAUUGUUAUUAACUUCCCACAUCCAAGUGUAUUUACAGACUACAUACUGCGGCACCCUGCCCAGCUGUUCAGAUCUAGCUUUUAUUACUUCUUCCAAAUACCAUGGUUCCCAGAAUUUAUGUUCUCAAUUAAUGAUUUCAAGGCUUUGAAACACCUGUUCACCAGCCAGAGCACCGGCAUUGGGCGGAGAGGACGCCGGCUGACUGCAGACGACCUAGAAGCUUACAUUUAUGUCUUCUCACAGCCUGGGGCACUAAGUGGCCCAAUGAACCAUUAUCGAAACAUUUUCAACUGCCUGCCUCUCAAACAUCACAUGGUGACGACGCCGACGCUACUCCUAUGGGGAGAGGAAGAUGCGUUUAUGGAGGCUGAGAUGGCUGAAGUCACAAAGGUUUAUGUUAAAAACUAUUUCAGACUCACCAUUUUGUCAGAAGGUAGCCACUGGCUUCAGCAAGACCAACCUGACAUAGUGAACAGGCUGAUAUGGGCAUUCCUAAGAGAAGAGACGAGAAGACAAUGACUUUAUCUCCGAUGAGGAGUCUAGAAUGGAAUCUCGAAAACCUCUUAAAACUUAUUCAUCAACUUACAUUCUAUUAGAAAAAAAAACCCUGUUUUAA